AUGGCUGAUAACAUGGACAUGUUCAGAAAGUUGAGUGAGCAUUUGAUCCUGAUCAUCAUCUCUUUCCUUCCCUUCAAAGAAGCCGUAAGGACUAGCGUUUUGUCCAAGCGUUGGCGUUACAUAUGGCAUGGAACAUGGAACAUUGAGUUUGAUGAGAGAGCCUUUGUAGAUUUUCGUGAAUCUCAAGAAAUGCAAGCCUCUCAAAGAAGGGGUUUCAUCGAUUUUGCACUGCAAUGGAUCCAAAACUAUCAAGGACGUGAUAUAGAUAAGUUUCAACUCACAUUAUCUAAGCCUGAAAAUUUUAAUGGGGAUAUACAACGUUGCAUUUCAUUUGCCAUCACACAUAAUGUGAAAGGCUUAGGCCUUGAUUUUUCUGACCCAACAUGGGCAGAAGAUAACCUUGAUAAUCAUGCAGCGUUGCUUGAUUUGCCAUUGAAUGUGUUUGGACAUGUAUUUCUUGAAUCUAUAAAGUUGUUUUCCUGCAAUUUCCGUAACUCUGACUUCAUGAACUUUAGAGCACUGAAGCAAGUAUCUUUCGGUUGGCUUGAAUUAUCACUGAGUUUUCUUAAAGCCUUGUUAAAGAAUUGUCCCUUGCUAGAGAGUUUGAGUUUGAAGAAGUGUUGGAACUUGGAUCAUCUUGAAAUCAGUGGACAAAAUUUGAGGCUGAAAAGUUUUGUUGCUGAUAACUGUUCUCUAAUUUCCGAUGAGAUUGUCAUUGACGCACCAUAUUUAAGGUUCUUUAAAUAUUCAGGGAAAAUGGCUCACUUUGAAAUUGAAAUACACCGAUCCCACAUGGAAGAAGCAGAUCUAGAUUUUGGGAUCCAAUUUGAACAUUAUGAUGGUAUAGGAACUGAUCUCUACAACCUCCUUAAUCAACUUUAUCCCGUCAAGGUUUUGACUGUUUGCAGUUUUAUGCUUCAGUUUCUUCCCCUUGGAGAUGAACCAGUGCGUAUGGGGUUUGACAUGAGAAUAAAACACUUGACGUUGAAGACUUCUGUGCAUCCAUUUGAAUUCAUCGGAAUCAGAUUCCUCUUGAACAGUUCUCCUCAUCUAGAGACUCUUACAUUGGAUAUAGGCCCGAGAAGAAUUUUUGGCGGUUACCGCCCUCCAGUAAGGGUAAACUUUAAUAGGUUCUGGCUUGAGCGCUCCAUCAAAUACAAGUGUGUCCAAGAAAGUCUUAAGGUGGUGGAGGCAAAAGGCUUUAAGGGGACAAUGCAUGAACUGAGCUUGCUAGCCCACAUGAUUAUCUAUGGCCGUGUCUUGGAGCGCAUGGAUGUUACUGUUUCAAAGGAAGAGGGUGAUAAUGGUGGAAAUGAGAACCGAUACCGAGAAAUAGCUAAUGCGAUGCUGGAAUUCCCAAGAGCCUCCCCAAUUCUGCAGAUAUCAAUCAAGUGA